GGGCAUCAGUCAGACAUCCACCCGGGCUUCAUCUCAUCCAACACCAGCAACAGCAGCAGAGAUGCCACACUCCGUGAUCCCCCUGUGUGUCCUGGGACUCCUCGCGCUGUCCUCCGCGUGCUACAUCCAGAACUGCCCGCGAGGAGGGAAACGAGCCCUGCCGGAGACUGGAAUCAGACAGUGCAUGUCUUGUGGACCCAGAGACAGGGGCCGCUGCUUCGGCCCCAGUAUCUGCUGUGGGGAGGGCCUGGGCUGCUUGCUGGGUUCUCCAGAAACUGCUCACUGUAUGGAGGAGAACUACCUGCUAACCCCCUGCCAGGCAGGAGGUAGACCCUGUGGAUCAGAGGGAGGACGCUGCGCUGCCUCAGGACUCUGCUGUAACUCAGAGAGCUGUGCAGUGGACUCAGACUGCCUGGGGGAAAUGGAGGCCUCAGAUCAGGCCGACAGCUCUGCAGGGAGCUCGGCUGCAGAGCUGCUGCUACGGCUGCUGCAUGUGGCCAACAGAGGACCAACUGAGUACUGAUAUGGACAAGAAUGAAGACGCCAGUGUUCCACUUAAAGCCUCGAGAUUCAAAGCUUGAACCAAUAAAAACCCAAGUCAAAGAUAACUCACUCUUAUUCCUUCCUGCUGUGAUUUUUCUUUAUAAUUAAAGACCAUAUAGAGAACCAUAGUUGACUAAACCAACCCACUAUUCAAACCCAGAUGGAGAGAGGGGAAUGUUAAAUGUAUGAAGACUAGAAUGCAUAUUUAUUUCCACUUGAAAAUGUAUAUAUUUAUGCACAUAAUGUAAACAAAAUUGUAUUAUGUAUUAAACCUGAGAGAAGAUUUUAACAGAGUGAAUAAACCAGGAAAUGAUGUGAAUAAGAAAGAUAGAGAUUAAGCUUACUUAGGACAUCCAUGUAAAACAGCUGAGUUACAAAGCUUGAGCGGUUUCUUUUUGAGUAGUAGAACUAUUAUUGUAAUGGAAAAAUACAGAGUUUAUCACUGCCAAAA